CUAAAUGACCUCGGAGAUCCGUUCCUGCGUUUGUCCAGGACUUCAAGCUGGCGGUCGUAGCCUGGGAGAAAUUUGGGCGCGGGGAGAGACGCCUGCAGUAGGCUACCCCGCCCCCUCCGCCUGAUUUCUUUGGGAAGGGAGCGGCCCGGCUCCCCGCCCCUAACUGGCCCCGCAGCCGAGGAGCGUCUGGGAGGUGGCGAAGGAGCCAACCUGCAGCGAUGGAGGCGGCCGGCACCUGGGCGCUGCUGCUGGCGCUGCUGCUGCUGCUGCUGCUGACGCUGGUGCUGCCCAGGACCCGGGCCCAAGGCCGCCUGCCCCCGGGGCCCACGCCACUACCGCUCUUGGGAAACCUCCUGCAGCUCCGUCCUGGCGCGCUGUACUCCGGGCUCUUGAGGUUAAGUAAGAAGUAUGGGCCUGUGUUCACGGUGCACCUGGGCCCCUGGAGGCGUGUGGUGGUCCUGGUUGGGCAUGAGGCUGUUCGAGAGGCCUUGGGAGGUCAGCCGGAGGAGUUCAGUGGGCGAGGAACAUUGGCAACACUGGACAAGACUUUUGAUGGUCAUGGGGUUUUCUUUGCCAACGGGGAGCGGUGGAAACAAUUGAGGAAAUUCACCCUGCUGGCUCUACGGGACCUGGGCAUGGGGAAGCGAGAAGGCGAGGAGCUGAUCCAGUUGGAGGUGCAGUGUCUCUUGGAGGCCUUCCGGGAGACAAAAGGACAUCCAUUUGACCCCUCCCUACUGCUGGCCCAGGCCACCUCUAAUGUCAUCUGUUCUCUCAACUUUGGCCUGCGUUUACCCUAUGAAGAUGAGGAGUUCCAGGCUGUGGUCCAGGCAGCAAGUGGUACCCUCCUAGGGAUCAGCUCCCCAUGGGGCCAGACCUACGAGAUGUUCUCCUGGUUCCUGCAGCCCCUGCCAGGCCCCCACACAGAGCUCCAGCGCCACUUGGGCACCCUGGCUGCCUUCGCUGCCCAGCAGGUAGAGCGGCACCAGGGGAACUUCCAGACCUCAGGCCCUGCAUGUGACAUUGUUGAUGCCUUCCUGCUGAGGAUGGAACAGGAGAAACAAGACCCAGGUACAGAAUUCACUGAUAAGAACCUGCUGAUGACAGUCACUUACCUGCUGUUUGCUGGGACAAUGACCGUCGGUGCCACCAUCCGAUACGCCCUCCUGCUCCUGCUGAAAUAUCCUGAAGUUCAAAAGCGAGUUCGGGAGGAGCUGACCCAGGAGCUGGGGCCUGGCCGGGCACCAAGCCUGAGUGACCGUACCCGCCUCCCUUACACGGAUGCAGUUCUAAAUGAAACACAACGCCUCCUGGCUCUGGUGCCCAUGGGAAUGCCCCGAGCCCUCACAAGGACCACUUGCUUCCGAGGAUACACCCUGCCCCAGGGCACUGAGAUCUUCCCUCUUCUUGGCUCUGUCCUGCAUGACCCCGAGGCCUUCCAGAAGCCAGAGGAGUUCAACCCAGACCGUUUCCUGGAUGCAGAUGGCCACUUGAGAAAGCUCGAAGCAUUCCUGCCCUUCUCUUUGGGUAAGCGCAUCUGCCUAGGAGAAGGCCUGGUGCGCUCCGAGCUCUUCCUGUUCUUCACUGCCAUCCUGCAGGCCUUCUCCCUGGACACCCCGUGCCCGCCGGACACCUUGAGUCUCCAGCCAGCUGUCUGUGGCCUUUUCAACAUCCCCCCAGCCUUCCAGCUGCAGGUCCAGCCCACUGACCACCACUCCAGAUGAAGGAGGGCACUAGGGAGAUGGAAACCACCUGGAAUGAUGCGGCCUCAAGGGUGGGCGUGGACCACCAUGGUCAUGGUCCUACAGUUGUCUCCUAAAGUUAGUCACACACACAUUUGACCCAUGCAGCUGCCGAGACCCACAGCCACACACCCAUACAUACAAGGCAACUGAUGCAUACACUUUUUUUGGAGAGGACUGUCUUGCUAUGUAGUUCAGGCUGGCCUCAAACUUGUGAUCCUCCUGCCUCAGCUUCCUGAGUGCUCGGAUUACUGGUGUGAACCACCACGGACCGCAUAGGCUUUCAGCCUUCGUAAAUGCAGUAUGAUACAUCCAGAAUCACAAGCAUAUAACCAGGUACCUCACCAACCCAUCCACCACACAAUCCCUAUGCUCACAACCGAAUCCAACUGCCACCUCCUCAACCCACCCGAGCCCACCCGAGUUCAGAGCUCUCACUUCCUCUUCAUCCAUCACACUUAACAUUACUGUCUCUGGGUCCUCGCCACACAGAACAGCAUGCCCCAGCUGGGGUGGUGUCACAGCCAAAAGACAUCCCUGUCCACUCCCAUGGAUGACCUCACCACCAUCCAGGCACAUGAGCACCCCUAUCCAUGACAGCCAGACCACGCAUGACUCUGUCUUGGCUCUUCCAAGUUUCUUCCCACUGAGACACAUCACAGCUGCAGAAGAAUUGUUCCUGGCCACCUCUACACCUUUAUCCAUUAAACACACUUUCCAACAAAGACUCCCCAAAAGUACAUGCUUUCCAAUCUGUAGUUGUAAACACAGACCUUGGAUACAUGAGGACCAGUGGACCACAGAAAAAGUUUCUUUGUUGUUUAUGAAACAUUUUAUCAGGGCUCUGCUCUCAAACACAUACUGACCCACAGUCAUCCCUACUCUGCAUCUAAGUCCCCAUUGCAGUGCUGGAGACAGAACUUAGUGGUAGAGCACUUGCCUAGUAUAUUUGGAAAGGCCCGGGUUCAAUCCCUAACACUGCUCAAAAUAUAAAAAUUUUUUUAGAUCUCCAUUAGAUCCCCUGGUAGAGCUAGAUGAUCUAAUGGGGGCCAAGUUCCAACUUCAGUAUGGGGAAGAGGCCAUCUCUGACCUCUUUGUGACUUGAAGGUCCUCAUUUUGCAAUAAAAGUUUGUUUCUGGUCCCCAGUCUGGCCCAGGGCAGGGCCUCCUAUGCUGGUAUGACCCAGUCUGUCCUAGUGAGUAAGAGGUGGGUAUGGGGGAGCCCACCCCUCCCAUGAGGCUGGGCGGGAGCUGAAAAACAUGGCCACCGCCCACCCUGGCUGUUGACAUCGGGACCAGAUGUGAAGCUGAGGAGGGAGGGAAGGGGAGGGACAAGGCUGGGCUGUCUGCUAUCCUGCUUCAGGGAUCAGGGAAAGCCUGAAGCCAGCAACAGAGCUGGACUCUGGGAAUUCUCCAACUCUGAAAGCAGCUACUAACACACAGGGACCAGCAACACAGAGCACUGCCCGGCUCUGACCUCUUCGACCAUCCCUUCCCUCCUGCCUGCCCAUGAAAGAAACCAUGAGCACCCAUGUGUUGUGACCACACACACACACACACACACACACACACACACACACAGAGUCCCCAUCACCCCAUUUCAUUUACUAACCAUCAACACGGCCUGCAGAUGUAGCUCAGAAGUAGAGCACCUGCUUAACAUGUAUAAGGACCCUGGAUUCUGCCUCCAUCCCUGUUAAAAUUAAAAACAAAAUAACCAGUA